AUGGAGGUGCCACUGGAGCUGGUUGUGGAAAGGCCAGGUUUAGUGUGCAAAUUAAACAAGUCCCUGUAUAGAAUCAAACAAGCAAGCAAGCAAACAGUGGCUGAAGGAUCAGUAGUGUUUGUGGCUGUCUAUUUAGAUGAUGUUCUUGUCACAGGUACUCACCUGCAAGAGAUUGAGUCCUUGAAAGAUUUUCUACACAACACAUUCAAGAAAAAAGACCUGGGGAGGCUUCAUUACUUCCGAGGCAUAGAGGUUCAAUACACAGACAAAGGAGUUUUGAUGUCACAGAAGAAUUUCACUAUGGACCUUUUAAAAGAGUUUGGCUGUAUAGGUUGUCCACCUAUGACUUCUCCUCUUGAUUCAUCUGUGAAGCUAAAAGUUGAUGAAAGAGCCUUAUUAACAGACCCUUCCAAUUAA